UCUCUCGUCCCACCUGCACCCUCCUAGGAUUGCUGGCUCCUUGGCACCCCUCGUGCUCUGCGUGCCCCCCUUUGGGCAUCCUGGUGCACCACUCUGCAGUGCUCUUUGCGCUCUCCCUUCUCCACGCACCCCUGGCCAUGAACGGGUCGGCAGCAGUUUCGGAUGAGAGCUGGCAUCCCGAGUCGGUGCUCAUCCCCCUUGCAUACCUCCUCAUCUUCCUCGUGGGCACCGUGGGCAACUGCCUGGUGCUGGCGGUGCUGCUGCGCAAUGGGCAGGUGAAGAACACCACCAACCUCUUCAUCCUCAACCUGGGGGUGGCUGACCUCUGCUUCAUCCUCUUCUGCGUCCCCUUCCAAGCCACUAUCUACACCCUGGAGGGAUGGGUGUUUGGGUCCUUCCUGUGCAAAGCCGUCCACUUCUUCAUCUACCUCACCAUGUAUGCCAGCAGCUUCACCUUGGCCACCGUCUCCCUUGACAGGUACUUGGCCAUCCGAUAUCCCCUCCACUCACGGGAGCUGCGGACGCCCAGGAACGCACUGGUGGCCAUCUGCUUCAUCUGGGCACUCUCCUUCAUUUUCUCGAGCCCUUACCUCAGCUACUACCAACAGUUCCAGCUGGCCAACCUGACCGUCUGCCACCCGGUCUGGGCCAUCUCCCAGCGUAAGGUCAUGGAUCUCUGCACCUUCAUCUUCAGCUACAUCAUCCCGGUGCUGAUCCUCAGCCUCACUUACACGCGGACCAUUCGCUACCUGUGGAGGUCUGUGGAUCCUCUCCAAGAGAUGUCGGAGUCCAAGAAAGCCAAGAGGAAAGUCACCAGGAUGAUCAUCAUCGUGGCCGUCCUGUUCUGCCUCUGCUGGCUGCCCCACCACCUGCUCAUCCUCUGCGUUUGGUUCGGGUAUUUUCCCCUCAACCACGCGACGUACGUCCUGCGCAUCCUCUCCCACCUCGUCUCCUAUGCCAACUCCUGUGUCAACCCCAUCGUCUACGCCCUGGUCUCCAAGCACUUCCGCAAAGGCUUCAAGAAGAUCUUCGUCUGCCUCUUGCACAAGAAGGCAGCCAACAAGGUGCACGUGGCCCAGGGGACCAACACAGUCAGCAUGCUGGAGGCAGAGCUCAGCGAGGUGACUCGUCUCAGUGAGGCCGGGCCUGGCUGCUCCUCGGUGCGCUGCAGAGCUCAGCCCUGGGGGGAGGCAGAGCAGGGGGGAGGUGGGCAGAAAGCUGGUGGCUCCUUCCUCACCUUCCGUGUCACCUAGCAGCGCUCCCUUCACGCUGUAUUUGCAGUCUCCUGCAGUAUGGCGGGCCUGGGGAUGGACCGCGUGUUGGGUUUGUGUCAAAUCUUCUCCUUUUCCCCCCUCAAACAUCAGAACUGUUGAAACGAUGCUGAUUCCUAUGGGCUCAGCCAAAGAGCCAAGUGUAGGAUUUGCAGAGAGCAGGGAGAUCCAAACCCCGAAUCAAUUUUAAGGUAGGAUCACCUGUUCCUCUGCUCCCUGCUGCAUCUACACCCGGUCACUCACGAGAGCUCUGACCUCCAACCACAGCAGCCUUUGGCUUUCAGUGUGGUGCAGGCUCUACAAAGACUGUUGGGGGGAUGGAGACUGGGUGCUGGGGCCUCUUGGAAGAGGUUCCAGUGCCAGGAGCGUCAGGUGAGACUGGGAUCAGCACUGGGGAAGUGUGGGCCCUUCAGGCAGGGCUCGGACCUGAGGCACUGGCACUGCCCUUCCCAUGGGGAAGAACCCACGCAGCCCAAGCAUUACAUCCCCACAGAGCAAGGCUGGGCUGCAGGGCCCCAUGAGGUCCACAUGCUCCAAUGAGGACCUAAAGGCUUCUAUCCUGCAGAUCGUGUCACCUCCCUUAGGAUACCUGCAACCCCCUCCUCCAUUUCCCUCCUGCUCAAUGCAAUUGGGGCUGGGAUGAAGCUACUCCUUGCUUCACUUUGCUUUGCUCACACCUGGGGUGAGGGAUGCUAAGGGGCUGGGGGAGAAAUCAUGGGCAGAGGUGAGGACUCUUGAAAACACAGCAUUAGGACACGCUGUGGGGGCUGUGACCCUGCAGCCCCGCUCCUCCUUGGUACUGCGCUGUCUCCCUUCCAAGGCUUUGCCUUCCCUCCCCUGCUGUCAAAACACUCAUUUUCCCCCACUGAGUGUUAUUAUAAUCAGCUUCCUGUCCCCACGUGGAGGGCCAGAAACCAGCCCCUGCCUCCUAUCAAUAGCCAUUAUAUUUAGUCUAGGCCUGCUAACAGCAUAAGUCACAGAAUGUGAUUAUAUAAACAGCACCAUUACUCAUAUCUGUAUUUACCACCCCUGCUGAACCCUUUCCAGCCAGGGAAGCGUUGCAACAGCCACACCAACUCAGCUCAAAGCCUCCUCCUGCCCUCAGCACCCUGCACCAUGGGGUGCAAUCCCUGCUCGUGCCAGGGACAGAGACAUUGUCCCACCAUCUCCUCACUGCCCCAAUAACACGUUCCCCAUGCUGGCAUGGCUGGGUGCUGAUGCAGAGGAGACAGCAGUGAUAAAAGGAAAGCUGUCCCCCAGGGAGCUGCUCAGGAUCCAUCUUCAGCUGGAGACACGGGAAAGCAUCGCUGUGGUGCUGCAGUCAAACACAGGAUCAAUACAUGCACUAUGUGGAGGUGCAAAAUUAUCAGCAAAGACAGGAAGAGCAAUCUUCUAACAAGAAAUGAUUUAGUGAACAAGGAAAAUGAUUUGCAGAGACUUUCAGCACAUCCAUUAAUUACAUUUAACACAACCUUCCCAAAAACCGACUCCAGUGACUCAUGGCUGCCUGGCUCCCCUGGCUGGUGGGUGCCAGUAGAGCUGAGAUGGAGCACCCAGGGAUGGAGCACCCAGAGAUGGAGCACCCAGGGAUGGAGCACCCAGGGAUGGAGCACCCAGGGGUGGAGCACCCAGGGGUGGAGCACCCAGGGGUGGGAGCUGCACUUGGAGACGCAGCACAUUCUGCCACUACCAUCCCUACUUUGAAGAGCACAUCCCAAAAUUCACGUGGAUCUGCUGACCUCCUUUUCCAGCAGCCCAAGCCCACUCUUCUGACACCUCCUUGCAGGUGGGAUUUGAGUUAAAGUCUCUUGCUCCUUGUGAUCUCUACUGUGCGACAUAUCCGCCCCUGCCCUCCCUGUUUUAUGGAUCCUCACCUGCUGAUCCAUAGCUGCUUGCUUACAAGCAACGAGAUGGAAGCCUGCUGGAUCAUUACACCAUUUACAGGAUGGUGCAGAAAUAGAGCAGAUACUCCACUGCCUCUGUGACUGCUGCCAAGGGCUUAUGAGCAGCACAAACCCAGAGAGGUGGGAAAGCUUGGAAUCAAGCAUCUGGGUACAAAGGUGCACACAGAAGGAGUGGAGAUGCCACAAGCAAGGAGAAGCAGAUGCGAGAUGCUGAGCCCCAGCAUCUUAAAGUGUAAUAAAAUGUAAAGGUUAAAGUUUAAUAAAAGCGAAUUCAAUGGGGAGAAGGAAAUAAAUAAGCUAAAUUCAGCUUUCACCAAGCCCAGCAGAGCUCACAGAAACAAGACUGAAA